UAUACGAGUUGUUAACGCCGCCGCCGCGACAUUUCCGCCGCCGCCGCCGCCGCCGCCGCCAUGUCGCCGCUCGCCCGCUCGCUACUCGCACUCGCCGCGCUGCUCGCCGCCGCCGAUGCAAUGUCGAACCCCUUUUGCGAUCAUGAUAUGAUAGGUGAAACGUCUGACCGUCCUAUUACAUUUCGCAAGACUGUAACUGGGGGUGAGAUGUUUAGUGUUGAUAAUAGAUGCGCCUUUCCCGGAAGCGAGUUAGCGGGCGAGUCCUUCGAUGUCUGCAAUGUAUAUUCUAAACCCAAAGUUCGAAUUGCAAUAGGCAUGCUCGAAAUUCAGACUCCCUUUCCCGUGAUAGUUGAAUGCCCAAAGGAUGUUCCGGGAUGUUCGAGCCUCGACGUGCAGGUGACGCAGUAUUGCCGGGGAGCUAAGAACAGUCUGCCGCCGGGAUACUCGUAUUAAUCCGAAGUUACCAGUAUUUUACUAGAAGCGAAGUACAGAAUAAAUACUUUGGAUUA